AUGCUUCUCUGCCAGGCCUUGAAGGCACCGUUGAAGUUCCCUGCCUCCUUGCAUGACAAGGUUUCGCCAUUUCGCGGAUGGGAGGGAGGCCGUUUCGGAGGCCGCCAGGGAGCCUCGAAACGGGUCGUUUCGGAGGACGGGAACCAGAAGAGAGAGAGAGAUGCUGGUAUCGUGAGAUCUUUGGGGUCAUGUUACAAAGCAGGUAUUCGGUCGAUGGUUGGAGGCACCAGAUCGAACAAGAGGCUGCUGAAUUGUUUUGACUUUGAUGGGCUCAAAAGCAUCACCAGGCAGACGGUCAACAUGAGGGCGAUUCAGUUCGGGAAAGCUGUUCGGAGAAAAUGGCCGAGUUAAAUUGCGCCACUGAAUUCCAUCCGGACACUGGCGAUGGAGGGAUUGAGGCUUAUUUGAUGGAUGGCCGGCUGGCCCCAAUUGUCAUCGCCUUUGUGAGUUUGCUCAUUCACGGCCUGUUUCGAUGGUGCCUGAUCAAAAGGAUCGGUAGAGAACUCUUUGAGAAUGCCUACUUGGAUCCCAAUGCCAGCCUCAAAGACACCGUGUGCAAGGCUUAUGAGAACAUUGGUAUCACAUCGUCCUUGGUGAUGACUACGGUUGCAGGUUUGCUGGUAGAGGCUCACGAAAUCACCCCUCAGUACUUUUGCGUUGAUCCCUGGAGGCUCAUGCACGCGAGACAGACGUAUGUUGUCCUUUGCACUUUGUGCCUUAUUGCCAGCAUUCUUUGCGUGAUUUUUUGCCUGCUGAAUUUCAAUUUCCUGAAUUCCAUUCCAGAAGAUGUGGCAGGGGAAUUGGUUGAGGAAACCUACGCCCAUAUAGGUGAGACAAUGCUGCUGGUUGUAGAGUCCUACCUGCUUUUCUCAGCAGCUAUCGCGGUUUGGAUGGCUUUUACUUAUGGCCUUGUUCACUUCAUCAUCACAGCCAUCAUUCUUCUUUGGAACGGGGCCCGGGCCUUGAACAUGUGGUGGGAACUCAUGAGGUACGAUGCAAAAAUCAGUGAUGAUGACGGUGCUGACGAUGAUAGUGUACAAGAGGAAGGCACCAGCGCCGCUGAGAUGGUCAUACCUGUGAAUGUUGCUGGCCAAGUAAAGAGGCGCAGCUCCCUUUGUUCGGAUGACUCUGCAGACUCCAACUGCAAGAUGUGCCGCUUGCUUCAAGACUUCUUAGCUCAGCACGCUCAGUACCAGCGAGCAGCUGGAAAUGUGGGAUCGAAAGCAACUCCAUCUUCCGAUGGUCCAAAGAAGUGCAGCAAAAGGAAGUCUUCACGCUUGACAUUGACCAAGCCAGGGAGAAGCACCGUGUUCCCAAAGGGAGCCUCAACAUCAUCGAUGUGAGCCGGCUUUAUUUUGGGCUCCCUUAUCAUUGCUUUCACCAGAUGGGCCACAUCUAAAGGUGAUGUGGUGCCCCAGGUCUUUCACUGCAAAACACUUGGGAA